ACUCGCGCGAAGUUGCAUAUUGGAGGUCAGGUGUCCUGGCGACUCGCAAUCCGACGGCAUUCUGCAGCACCGUAUAAGUCGAUGAGAGAACGUAAGCGUCGAAGGAGUACCCUUGUGGGACUAGUAGAUAUAACGAACAUCAUUGAAUCCCCACCAGUAGAUUUUAAUUCAGAUCAAGGACUCAGACGGUCCAGAAGACUUCAGCAUAAAUCUCUUUGUACCUCAGAAUUUGAAAGUCCAUCCCAUAAAGAACUUUUCAGCCGGUCUAGUACAUCUCGAAGGAAAUCAUUACGAUGUCAACAAAAACAAUUGAAUACUGAUAACAGGACAUCUAACAUUCCUCAGCCAACUUCUCAAAUCGAAUGUGACAUGUCAGUGAGGGAUAUUAAUUUAGAGACAUGUAAUACGGUGUUUUCAUCCAAUAAUCUACCUGUUUUAUCACCAAAUAAAUCAGAGAAUGUCACACCAUCAUAUCGAAGUCCAACAUCUGUUUCAGACUUUUACCUUCCUAAAAUAUACAUUCCUCCUAAACAAAAGGAUUAGCCACAGUAAUUGAACACUCUGUUGACAGAAAUCAGCGUCGACCUAGAUUUUACAGGCGUGCUGAACACUCUCCUAUAAGACGCCAAAUUUUUACAGGACAAACACUUGAAGAAGCAUGUACUCCUACAGCUCCUGGUGUCGCUCCACUAGAUCCACAGCUAGUUUAUCCAUAACGCGUAAACAAGUUCUUAAACGCCAAAAACGUGCAAAAAAAUUAGGAUUUCGUGGUAUUAAUAUAUCCGAAAAAACUGAAGAGAACUUCGCAAAGUUUGUUUCGGAAUCAACUUAACACUCUUUUCGAAAUAGUUUAUCUUCAACUUGAGUAUCUCAAUACAACUAAAUUCCUUUCAAUGAUCUCCUUUUGUAUAUUAUCUAUACUAAGUCUUUCAACAAAGUAUCACAUACUACACCUUUUGUGUACAUUCAUUUUCAAUACAUGUAAUAUUCUUUUCAACAAUUGCAUCAACUUUCUGUGCAAAAAUCGUGCAUUUCCGUGUAUAUUGUUAACUUCACUGUAUUAUCAUUUUCUGUUUAUAAUAAUGCUCAAAUUGUUCGUUAGCAUACACAGUAAAGUUGAUAAUCUUACUGUUCAG